UCUGCUGGCAUAGCUUGCCUACAGCAGUUCAAUACCAAUAGGUGUCGGCUGGCUAUGGCGUUCGAGUCAACUUCGUGGAAGCCCAUGUUCUUGGCCGUUCCCAAAUCGAGUCCCUACAAAGAAGAAAUAAACCGAGCGUCGUUAUGGUUUUUUGACACUGGACUGCGGGACUAUUGGUUUGAAGCGUAUGAAAACCCACCCGAAAAGUGUCGACUCGAUUUCAACAGCAAAGGCGUUGUGACCAAGAAAUUCGACAAUCAAAUUAAACUCGAACAUUUUUACCUACCAUUCCUGAUUCUUUUUGGUGGCUAUUUACUAGCAUUCAUGCAGUUUCUAAGGGAGAAAUUCAUCUGCCCACUUCGCCGUAGCAGUAGCUGUACUACUAGUAAUACUAGUAGUAAUUUUAGAAUCGUCCCCAUAAUUUACCUUGUGUCGUCUUAUACAAUUAACAUUAUAAUUCAAGCCGAAUAGUUCCUAAUAAAAGGAAAUAGUAUUCUGGAAAGUCAUUUUUUACACAGGCUAUCUUAUACUGAUCAAAAUGUGUCGAUGACAUGGAUCAAAAGAAAGUCAUUAUAUUCCUCACAUAUUGACAUGUUCACAAUAAGAUGUUGGCUUGAAGCAUUAUAGAGAAUGAAAUCAGUAUCGUCAGACAUCUGAAAAUAAAACAACAUUUAAAUCAAUUGAACUUUAGUUAAAAGCGGUCCUGUGGCACAAUGGAUAAGGCGCUUGCCUACGGCGGAGUCGGAGUAAGAGAUUCCAGGAUCGACAAUUAAGAGA